CGAGAGGCGUGGUGCGUCCAGCUGAUUGCGCGGGCGGUUUGAAUCCAGAGAGCCUCUAGCGGCGCUGCGGGAAGGAGGGUCCUCGUCUUUGCUGCGGGCCUGGAUAUGGAGGGCAAGGCGGAGGCACUCCUGGAGUUCAGUGACGGUGAGGCAGCGGCUUAAUGCGGGCAAAGGGGCCGGAGCUCAGUGGUAGGGCUGCUUUGCGUGCAGGAUAGUCUUAGGUUCGAGCCCCAGCACCUUCAGGUAGGGCGGGGAGAAUACAUGGGUCUUUCCCGGAGGCCUGUUGCAAAUGAACACAUGCUUUACUUUAUUUUGGAUUGUUGUUGUUUAGUCGUUUCCGACUCUUUGUGACCCCAUGGACCAGAGCACACCAGGCACUCCUGUCCUUCACUGCCCCCCGCAGUUUGGUCAAACUCAUGCUGGUAGCUGCGAGAACACUGUCCAACCAUCUCGUCCUCUGUCGUCCCCUUCUCCUUGUGCCCUCAAUCUUUCCCAACAUCAGGGUCUUUUCCAGUGAGUCUUCUCUUCUCAUGAGGUGGCCAAAGUAUUGGAGCCUCAGCUUCAGGCUCUGUCCUUCCAGGGAGCACUCAGGGCUGAUUUCCUUCAGAAUGGAUCGGUUUGAUCUUCUUGCAGUCCAUGGGACUCUCAAGAGUCUCCUCCAGCACCAGAAUUCAAAAGCAUCGAUUCCUAGGCGAUCAGCUUCUUUAUGGUCCAGCUCUCACUUCCAUACAUCACUACUGGGAAAACCAUAGCUAUUACUAUACGGACCUUUGUUGGCAAGGUGAUGUACAAUACGAUAAUCUUUAUUGUCAUUGUCCCAUACAGAACAACGAAAUUGAAAAAAUCUACAUCAGACAUUCAAAAACCAAUUAGCCAGCUAUCCCAGGCUGGUUAGCCCCCUAAAAACUCUGAUACCCCAUAAUUAAAUACAGUAUGCUCACAUAAGGACUACCUUACACUGCGUUUAAAACCAAAAUCACAUUUGGAUAGAAACUGUUUCUCAGGCGGCUAGUCCUAGCCUUUAUAACCCUGUACCUUCUUCCAGAAGGCAGAAGCUGAAAGAGAUCAUUUCCAGGGUGCGCACUAUCCUGCACUAUCUCUGCAGCUUUCUUAUGGCACCUGGAAGCAUAGAUUUGAUCCAAGGUGGGAUAAAAAAUUAUCCAGCGCUUGUUUGGAAACAACAACAACCCACCCCUCAAAAUCGAUUGCAAAAAAACAAAAUCAAGACAAAUUCACAGCAUGCAGGAGCUAAAUCGCUCAACUUUUCUAAGCACCUGGGUUAGGCCUGUCUGAACAGGAAUGUUCUUGGCAGCCGCCGAAAAGGGUAUGACAAAGGAUCAUCAUCUGCUUAGUCCUGUAAUAGACAGUACUAGUAACACUAUUAAAAAAGAGGAGAGCAGCAGGUCUCUCCCGCCACCCCUGCUAGCCAAGAAGACCUGGGAAGGCUGAAUAGCUUCACCAAGAACGUGAUCAGAAUAAGUUACCUUAUGCCAAGUCAGUCCAUCUAGCUCAUAUAGCCCACACUGGUUGGCAGCCCCCUUUGGGUUUUCGCCUUUGGGAGCCCCCUUUGGGUUUUCGCCUUUGGGAGCCUUUCCCAGUUCUUACCAAGGGAUGCCAGAGGUUCAGUUUGGGAACCUUUUGCAUGCAAGGCAUAGUGCCCUAACCACUGAGCCCAAAUAAUGGUACAGUGGUACUUCGGGUUAAGAACUUAAUUCGUUCUGGAGGUCUGUUCUUAACAUGAAACUGUUCUUAACCUGAGGUACCACUUUAGCUAAUGGGGCCUCCUGCUGCCGCCGCACGAUUUCUGUUCUCAUCCUGAAGCAAAGUUCUUAACCUGAGGUACUAUUUCUGUGUUAGUGGAGUCUGUAACCUGAAGCGUCUGUAAUCCAAGGUACCACUGUAUUAUAAUGCUUUAAUUUAGGGAAUGCAGUCAAGUUGUUUCUGAUAACAUGCUGAUUUGCUUUAAUGUUGUGUACCUUACAAGAAAGGUAGGGGGAGAAUUGUCCUGCCUCCCCCCCCCCCCAAUAAAAACUGCUAGCUGUUGUGGCCUUUAGAAUUAACUAUUACUCUUUUUUUUGUUUCAGAAAAAUAUAAUUUGACUUCAGAUUUUAACGACUUGUGUUCUCACAUGAACACAAAGAUUUCAAAUAUCAAAAAGUCACUUCAGCUGAGAAAAAUAGGUAAGGUGGUUUAAUGUUUCCUGGGCAUAGGGGUUGACGGGCUGAGUUUGUGAGAUGGAUUCAGCAAAAGAUGUAUGAAAGUUUGAGAUGCACGUGAGAGACAUACUAACCCUCCUGAGCUGGACCAAGUCUCUUUCAAGCCUGGCAUCCUCUGGGUUGGAACAAUUGGUGUCUUUUGUAUAAACACAUGGAAUGUGGUGUGCCAAUUACAUGGCUACAAAGUGAGCAGGGAUGUUUCAUGCCUGCAUAAUUUUGAGAACAUUUUCCAAAGUCAGUUUUUCGUCUGUGGUUGUUUCCUAUUACUCUGUGCAGGAGUUCUCACCGAUCCAACUGUUUGGUUUUACAAGCAUGUUUUCUGUGUCCUAUGCCCUUUCUUAGCAAGAUACAAAAGGAAGAAAAACAUGCAGCUGUGUCUCAAAGCCUUUAACAAUAGAGGUUGUGCCCUUGAUCGCCGCUGUGCCUGCCCCUCUCCUGUGCUGCUGGAGUGCACAUUUAGCCAGGCAAUUUGUGGCUUUUUGGGGUCGUCGUCGUCAUCUUUUUUUUUUAAGAAGGAGGGAAAAAGAACUGUGUUGCUGGGUGCCAUCUCCUCCACAGCAAGGCUGUCCUCCACUUCAUUUUGUAGGAUGUUUGUUGUAGCCAUAAGGUUGCAUACCAGUUUGAUGCUUUCAGCAGAAAGGAUAUAUAUAAACAGGGUUUCUACUAGGAUUUGGAGCAGCUUUGGAAUUUGAAGGCUCUGUGCAGACAUCCGCAAGACAUCUGGUUGGCCACUGGAACAGAUGAGGCCUCUGACCUGAUUCAGAAGGGCUCUCCUUAGGUCUUUAUGGCUAUUCUGAACUGACCUCCUGUUGGUAGGCCAUAUGCCCACUUAAAUAUUUGCUAAACUUUGAAUAAGUUGUUAAUUACUUAAUUGUUAGCUUUAUGCUGUAGGGAUUUUUUUAUUUUGUUGUGGUUGUUUAACCGGUGUCGUGUUUACGCUAUUUCUUUUUUGUGAACCACUUCGAGCACAAUGUUUGUAAGGAAAAUGCUGUAUAUAAGCGGAUUAAACUGAUAAGAAGAAGCAACUUAUAGAUGUAUUUGCCAGAGGCUGAAGUGAGGUUGGGGUACUCUUGGGAAUCAUAGCAUUGUAGAGUUGGAGGGGGGGUCAUCCGGUCUAACCCCCCUGCAAGGCAGAAAUCUCAGCUAAAGUAUCCAUGACAGAUGACCUUUCAACCUCUGCUUAAAAACCUCCAAGGAAGGGGAGUCCACAACCUCCUGAGAGAAGGGUAGUUGUCGUGGUGUGUAAUUUUAGGAGAUGACAGAGCAGGAACGAAGGGUGUUUCUGGUGGUGACUAGUGGAAAGAGAAGUAUGUAUUUAACCUACAAUGAAUUUUCCUGUGGGAACUUCCUAUCUUUCCAUGUCAGUGACUUGCCUUGCUUAUUUGUCAGACCAGGAACCAUCUUUGAAGACGGUGCUUAGCAAGAUAAUUCAUGAGGUAUCGCUUUUAAACAACAUCCUCAAUAAACUGGAGACAGAAGUCAACCAUCAGGAGAACCAGCAGAGUCAACUCAAGGUAAUCAAUGCUUGAAGGGGACUUUUGUUUAAAUGGGGGUAUCUCUCCAGCGCUGUAAAUGAGGAUCCGCUGGUGCUUAUUUGAGAUGUUUCCAUGCUUGUGUAAAUUAGUUUGCAUAAACAAGGUGGGAAAACUUGUCAUAUAUAUAUAUAUAUAUAUAUAUAUAUAUAUAUAUAUAUAUACACACACACACACACACACACACACAUAUAUAUAAUAUUUCUGUUUUACAAUUUAAAAUACUCAUUUAAACAUCCAUAAAAUAUCAAAGACUUCCCUUCUUCUUUUUCCAUGGUUCGUUUUGCAUAUCUUAAAUCCCUGCAUACUUUACAUAAACUAAACCAUUCAGUUUUUCAUUAUUACAUCCAUCACUGUUGAAUUUAUCUUAACGCUGCCAACGUUUUCAAGUGUACACAAUCCCCCCCAUAUAUUCAAUAAACAUUUUCCAAUCUUCUCUAAAUGUAUGUUCUUCUUGUUCUCUUAUUCUAUAUCUUAGGUCUGCAAGCUGCGCGUAUUCCGUCAGCUUAAGUUGCCAUUCUUCUUUAGAUGGGAACCUCGCUCAUUUUCCAUUUUGGGGCUAACCAAACAUGAGCCGUAGUAGUGGCAUACAUAAAUAACCUUUUUCCCACACAUGGGAGUUUCAGUCUGAAUUAUAUCCAACAAGGUGGGGAAACCUGUUGAGCUUUGGGAGGGGAGUAUGUAAGGUGAUGUGUGAGGAAGAGCAAGGACUCGGUGAACAGGGCUGAGGAGCUGGCUCUUUGAAGGCCCUGGGCACCUGUGGAGAGCAAAAGGCCCAGUAGCUUCAGGGACAUGGCUCAUGGCAGAGCAUCUAUCCCAGAUUCAAAUCCUGGUGUCUCUAGGUGGGCCUAGGAUAUGUUCCCUGCCUGUAAUCUUGGAGAGCUGCUGCUGGUCACUGCAGACCAGGGGUGGGGUGACCAUUUUGGCCCGGGGGCCCAUAUCUUUUUCUGGCCGCACCUCUACAGGCAAACCUUGGCAGGUGGCUGGGCCAGCCCACCUGUCAAAGUCUGUUGCACAAAGCUUCCCAAGCAGAGCCAGUGUGGUGUAGUGGUUAAGAGCGGUAGUCUCGUAAUCUGGUGAACCGGGUUCGCUUCCCCACUCCUCCACAUGCAGCUACUGGGUGACCUUGGGCUAGUCAGACUUCUUGAAGUCUCUCAGCCUCACUCACCUCACAGAGUGUUUGUUGUGGGGGAGGAAGGGAAAGGAGAUUGUUAGCCGCUUUGAGACUCCUUAGGGUAGUGAUAAAGUGAGAUAUCAAAUCCAAACUCUUCUUCUUCAUCUAACAGCUUGUUUGUUGUGGGUGCUUGGGAACCACCGCACACAGAGCUUUGCUGCUCCCAUAGUGCCAAGUGGUUUGCACCCAAACUGCUGCCCAAAAAUGAGGGUUUUCUCCUUCAUUUUAGCAGCGGUUUCAAUGCAAGCCGCUUGGUGCAACUGAAGCAAGGCAUGCUUCCACUCCACCCACUGAACUGAUUAGCAUCUUAUUCUACCAGGGAGGCAGGGGAUUGUUCGUAAAAUGCUGGUGCCUGUUCAUUUAUUAUUAUAUUUUUAUUUUAUAACCUGCCCUUCACCUUGAAAUCCCAGGGUGGCUUACAGCAAUUUAAAACGUUACUUAAAAUUCUAGCAUCCAUUUUUUCAUUUCCUUCAUAGCCCAUCAGAUACGAUCAGCUUAAAUGAUCUGAUAGGCACUUACCGUGCAAAGAGAUGCUGUUGUGUGCUGUCAGUUGUGUUUUCUCUUUGUCUAAGAUAAACACGCUUUCUUCACAUUUGUUUAAAAAUUAAACUGGGGAGGGGGAGGCUGCCCCAGCUAACUGGAAACAGGCACUGGAAAAACGAGCUGUGGUUCACAGGAGAUUUAAACGACCAAGUGGCCCAUGGAUGGCUUUCCAAUUUUAUUUAUUUUUUAGUAAGUGGGUAGUUUCAUUUUUUUGUUUUUAAAAGCAGAUAGUAUUCUCUGUUAAUGCGUGCAGCCAACAAAGCCGUUUCUAGGUCUGCAUCUGUAGUCUUUAAAACGUUCCUGUGCCAAAGGAUGUGCCCAGAAAGCUUUAUGACUCUGAAGCGUGGUGCUUUGAACAUUAAAUAUUAUUGAGGUAAUUUAGGAUCUUUUUAUCAAAUUCGGCCUACCUAAUGGUGCACUGAGCACCGUGAUGUGAGGGCCAGAUAUGGCCCUCCACAUCCCUUGAAACUCCCCCUCACAGGUUCUGAUUUGUACCCCAGGUCCUUUUCCCUGGCUGGAAUUCUUGCUUGCCUGGGUGGCGGAUAGAGGAGCACGUAGAAACUAGGCUUAAAAGGUAAAAUUUGCAUGUGUGGCUCCGCCCGCAUUUUCCUCUGGCCCCGCCCACUGCUGGCACAUGGCCCUCGGAAGGUUGCCCUGAUAGGAAUGUGGCCCCCCAGGCUGAAAACAGUUUCCCACCUUCAGGUAAAGCUUUCCUCUUUUAGCGCUGGGUACAUCAACCCUAUGUGUGGGUUGAUACAUGCAAGCACAGCAGGCAGAAAUGAUAUGAGGAUUUAUCUUCCCUUGUACGAGCUUUCUUUAGAAAGCUUGCUUUUGAAUUUGAGGCUGCAAAAAGAGCUAAUCAGAGAGAGAAUCCACUCCAGAGCCACUCAAAAGGCAUGUGGGAAUCAUUCAGAGUCUUUCACUUGCAGCGUGGUUAAAUUAAUUUAAAGCACGAGUUGCAAGGAUAUUUCACUAAACUUGGCCUUAGCCCUCCACAAGAUCGCGUUUCCGAACUGUGCCGUUGGAAUACUGAUAAUCGCGGAAGAUUCUUGGUGUUCUCUUAAAUCUGAGGCGGUGCAUAUGAAAGCAGAAUACCUCAGGGGACAGCGAACCCUAGAUUUUGUAUCGCCUGCUAUAUAAGGAUCCGAGAAAGGGGAUUUCUCAUGAGACUGUGUUUAGACAUUUUUCCAGGAUGUAGAUCCUGACAGGAUUAUUUGCUGCUCAGUGUUGAUGCAGUGGUAACCGAAACGAUAGAUGUUUGCGAAAUCUGUUGCCACGUUGAGGUGUUCCCUUGGAGGGGGGGGGGUUGCUUGAAAGAUGCAAAGUUGUUCAAUCUGUGGUCCAGCUCGUGUUAUACAUCUUUUGUUUGUUGAACCCAGCCUCACAGGGAUUACAUUUCCCCUCUUUUGUUGUUGUUGUUUAGUCAUUUAGUCGUGUCCGACUCUUAGUGACCCCUUGGACCAGGGCAUGCCAGGCACUCCUGUCUUCCACUGUCUCCCGCAGUUUGGUCAAACGCAUGCUGGUAGCUUCGAGAACACUGUCCAACCAUCUCAUCCUCUGUCGUCCCCUUCUCCUUGUGCCCUCCAUCUUUCCCAACAUCAGGGUCUUUUCCAGGGAGUCUUCUCUUCUCAUGAGGUGGCCAAAGUAUUGGAGCCUCAGCUUCAGGAUCUGUCCUUCCAGUGAGCACUCAGGGCUGAUUUCCUUCAGAAUGGAUAGGUUUGUUCUUCUUGCAGUCCAUGGGACUCUCAAGAGUCUCCUCCAGCACCAUAAUUCAAAAGCAAUGACCUGUAUUACCAUAUUCAUUAAAGCUGCGUGACCAGCCUGAUAUUUUACAAAUAAGUUUUAAUAACAUGCAAAAAUAUUUAACUCAUUAAAAAUAAUGAGAACCCUAGUACAGUGGUCUCUCGGGUUGCGAACGUGAUCCAUGCAGGAUGCACGUUCGCAACCUGCAUCUGUGCACGCACGGGUUACGAUUUGGCGCUUAUGCGCAAAGCACGAUUUAGCACUUCUGUGCGUGUGCGACCGCCGAAACCUGGAAGUAACCCGUUCCGGUACUUCCAGGUUUCGGCGGUCCGCAACCCAAAAAAACGCAACCUGAAGCAUCUGUAACCCGAGGUAUGACUGUAAUUGAGGCUCAUGAGGGGUCAGGGUUCCCUUUUCAUAAAAGCAAAAAACAAACAAACCUGUUCCUCUUGACAUCCAUCAAACUCCAGGAGCUCCAGGAAACGAUUGAGAGGUACUACAGUGAAGCUCAGCAUCUUGAGGAAAACAUGCCUAUUCACCUGCCCAGAGGAAUCCCAAGCAGGUAGGUUUCCUGCCCCCAAGGCAGGUUUUGCAGUUCUUUAAGCAGAGGCCAUCAAUACUUUGGGAUUCAGCCGUGUGCUUUUCCAGCGAUGCUCAGAAUUAAUGGUCGAAGCAGACAUUUUAUGAGAUACUUGACAGCAGCCCCCAAAGCAGUUAGAAACAGGAAAAGAAAAAUCCUCCAUCACUCAGAGACUAGUUAAGGAUUUAGGAUGUAACAUACAUAUAUGAUUAAAAUCACAAAUUUAGUUAGAGAAGGUAGAUGAGGGCAGAACAGCUUUGUUGAAAAGCAGCCUCUCUGUUUUUGUUACAUACCGAAUAAGUUCUGGGGUAAAAUACAGUUUAUUGGAAAUUUUGUGAAACUGAAGAGAUUAUAACCCAUCUGAAAAACUAUUGAUGUGUUCAGAAAUAAAGUAUGAUAUCAAAAUGAUGUUCCUAUUGGUUGAACUGGUUUUUAAUGUGACUUCAUGUAUUAGUAGUAAAAAGGAUUGCAAGAUGAAUUGCCUCUUACUUUUGCAAAUUUUAAUAUACCCAAACCAUCCUAGAGUGUAUCUUAGACCUAGGCAUGAGAACAUGACUUUUCUUCAUUCAUACAAUUUGUGCAGUUCUUUAGCUUCAAAAUAGAAAUUCUCGAGAUGAACACCUGAGGGUAGGGUUUAUUAUGUUAGGGCAUGGACUCAAAGAUGCGCAGCCAACUCCCGCAGCCAAGCUGGUGCCAAACGCAUUGCUCUGCUUUCCUUUGGACCACACCAGUGAGGCUGGUCUUGCCAUCUGGGCAGCCCAGGACCUCCCUAUGCACUGCUCUCUGCAGCCACAGCUGACGCUGCGAUUCUGUGGGCUUGACUUCACCCACGGAGGUGCACACCAUUGUCUUUUGAGACAGAUGGAUGCCACCCAGCUAGCCACAUCUGCAAGGCACCCUGAUCUAAACCACGGUUAAGAAUCAAAUCUUGCUGCGCUAACCAUGGUUAAGGGAGGUUUUCCCAGCGCUCUGCCAAGUGCCGCUACGUACCCUCUGGACUCGGUUUGGCAGCCAAAAAACAUUAUUUUGUUGUGGCAUCAGAAUCAGAUGGGUGCUAUCCCUGGUUCAGCUUUCUGUUGUUCAUUUUAGUGUUUUCUUAGGCCACUGGCACUUUAUUCUGUAUUUCCCCCUCCCCAUCUCUCUCUCAAAAAAAUCACGUCUUGAACAGCUCUGCCAUGAAAAAUUGGCAGGAGGAAAGGAAGCAGCACAUUUUGUUGUAUCUGCCGCCUCCGUCAGGGUAGAUGAACUAUAACUUAUCUGAAGUGGCAAAGAGAGGGAAGUUGUCAAGGGUGCUUGUAGCUUCCUGCGUGAUAAGCUUUCUGUUGUUGGCUCUGCCUCCCACUUCCUCUGUAGCACCCAGGGCAUCACGGUGAAGGAUGAAGCACAGUGCAAAGAUGCUGAGGCUGCCGGUGGGAAGAAGCCAGUGAAAGAGCCCAGAUGCAUCAAACAAGCAGCCUUGUUAACGGAAGAGGAGUUUGAAAGCAUUCCUGCGUAAGUAAGCAGUCCCCACCCUUAACCGGACAAAAGAGUAGCCAAGUUUUACCUGCAUUUACCUGUCAGAGAAAAAGGGACGUGGGUGGCGCUGUGGUCUAAACCACAGGUCGGCGGUUUGAAUCACCAUGAUGGGGUGAGCUCCCAUUGCUGGUCCCUGCUCCUGCCAACCUAGCAGUUUGAAAGCACGUCAAAGUGCAAGUAGAUAAAUAGGUACCACUCCAGCGGGAAGGUAAACGGCGUUUCCGUGCGCUGCUCUGGUUCGCCAGAAGCGGCUUAGUCAUGCUGGCCACAUGACCCGGAAGCUGUACGCCGGUUCCCUCGGCCAGUAAAGCAAGAUGAGCGCCGCAACCCCAGAGUCGGCCAUGACUUGACCUAACGGUCAGGGGUCCCUUUACCUUUUUUACCUGCCAGAGAGUAGUGGUUGCCAGCCUCUUUAGGCCUGUGGGCACAUUUGGGUUUCUGAAGGAGCACCCCAUCUGCUGGUCAUCCCCCCCCGCCCCCCGUUCCUUGGAUCUGUCCAUCUCCCAAGAGACAGAAAAUCUGUGCCCACAGAUGUUGCUUUUCCAUGGGAUCUGGGUAAAGCACGGAGCGUCACUCUUCCAGCGUCUUCCUUUAACACUACAGGGGAGAAAAUCUUAACUACCCUUGCCUCCUCAGGACAAAGGGAGCAGUGAUCCAUAAGUGGAUUACAAGUGUGUGUAAAAAAAAUAAUUAAAAAAAAAUUGGAAAAUCACAAAUUCGUUGCAUAUAUGUAUGGUGCUGAUAUCACCAGUGUCGCAGGUUUGAUCCCUGUAUGGCACAGCUGCAUAUUCCUGCUUUGGAGGGGGUUUGGACUCCUUUUUGUGUUUGGCUUUCUGUCUGGUGGCUCUUGGUUUUGUAACCUGAGCAGAUGCUUCUCACAAAAGCGGUCCUAAUUUAUUCCGCAUCUUCUUUGGCGUAAUACCGGGCUGAAUGAAAAGUUAAUGCAGUCGAGCUCCGGGGUCCUCUGUGUAAUGAACAAAUUGCACGGCGGCGUCUGACUCAUCAGGACGAGGCAAUUAAUGAGACAGAAUUAAUCACGGCUCCCGUUUCAGAAAGCGCUGCUCCUUCUGCCUCCCCCCCCCAACCCCACUGCCCUCUUCUCUUUUCAUUUAGCAGGAAUCAUCCUCGUUUCUUCUGGUGCAGCCAAGUCAAGGACAGUGGAGCGUUAGAUGCCUUCAUGUCUCCCACGAUUGCUGUUGCAAUUUGCCGUGGCACAUUCCAGACUCCCUGGCAUUCCCUUCCCUCCAUUUCUGUCUGUCUUUGGGGGGUGGGGUUCAGGUAGCCCCCCAUCACUGCACAUUCAAAGAACACAUGAGGGGGGGUUGAAAGGCCGCUUGAGUCCACCACUGUUGACACCCUCUCACCAUUUAUGGGUAUGAGAAGUGGGUCUGCAGACUUAUGUAUUAUUGGAUUCCUUACCCAUGCUUUACCAUGUGCUCCCAGGGCAGCUUACAACAAUAUAAAAAAGACAGUAUUAAAACCAAUUAAAUACAAUUACAAUCUGAAAAAUUAGGGAGGGUUUGUGUGUGUGUGUGUGUGUGUCUAUCUAUCUAUAUUGUCCUUGUUGAUGGUAUGUUGUCAUCUGGCUGUCUCGGGAGAUAAUGGAAGAGUGUGUCUUUGGGGGUGAAGUCAACCUGGAGAGUUACAGCGCCUGCUGUGGCUGUAGAGACCAAUAUAGGAGAGACAUGUUUUGUUGCAGCUGGGGCAGGUGAAGGCUUCCAGUUUUGCUGCUGAAGGUGCGCAUGGAGUUUCUUCUUUCUGUACUCUUACCGGCGGUCAUUCUUCCACUGUUCACUGCUGUGGAUGCAUGACCUGGGUAAAAGCGUAAGAUUGGCACAGCCCCUCCAUUGGAUGAUUUUUUAAAAAGUUAUUUUUAUCUACCUAUUUAUUUAAAUUUCUAUAUAGCCCUUUAUUCAAGGAUCACAGGGCGGUGUAUAAAAAGCAAAAGAAUGCACACAUAGUAACAAAUGAAAACAAUACACCCACCCCCCCAAUUUAAAAGGCCAUAGAUGUUUAAUUAGCCAAAGGCCUGGGAGAAUAGGAGUGUUUUUGUCUAAAGAUAUGUAAGGAAGGCGCCAGGCAAGCCUCACUAGGGAGAGCAUUUCACAAGCAAGGAGGCAACGCAGAAAAGGCCCUUUCCUGUGUUACCACCUCCCAGAUCUCACAUGGAGAAGACACACAAAGAAGGGCCUUGGUUGAUGGUAGUAGGGUCCAGCUCAGUUUAUAUGGGGAGAGGCGGUCCUCGAGGUAUUGCAGUCCUGAGCGGCUUAAGGCUUUAUAGGUCAAAACCAGCACUUUGAACUGGGCCCGGAAACUAAUUGGCAGCCAGUGCAAUUGGCGUUUUAUGCUGAAACCAUCUUGCCUCGAUAAGCAACCUGGCUGCUGAAUUCUGCACCAGCUGAAGUUUCCAAACCGUCUUCAGAGGCAGCCCAUGUAUAAUGUGUUGCAGUAAUCUAACCUUGGCUUACCCCUAUGGAGUAACAUUUCUAUGGCCCUUCUUGAAGUUAGCCGUGUUCAGACUGCCUUCUAAGCCCAGGGGUGCACGGAAGCCUCAGUGACAAUUCACUGUUUUGAGGAGAAGUGAACAACUGAGCCAAGGUGUCCUAUUUGUGUAUGUUUCUUUGAGGCGAGGGAUGGGGAAGAUUAGUCUUGAAGAACAAUUUGUUUUCCCUACCCAAAGGCCUAAAUUGGGAAGAAUCCCCUUUCUGCCGCCCAAAUUUUUCCCACCCUCUUCAUAUUUCUAAUGUGCUUCCAAGAGAGAGAAUCUGCGUUUGUUCUUUAGUUGUAUGACUUUCUCUUUCGAGCAGGUAUGAUGAGGCAAAUCUCGCUCGCCUGUCCUGUGUACAAUUCCCUGGAGAGCAAUAUUGUGUUUACAGGACUCUGUUAAAACUUGGACCUUAUUAGCUAUUUAACACACAUCCAUUUUUACUGUCCUUAUCAUGUGUUAGACCUCCAUGUUUCCAGCCGGAAUCAAGAGCUGAAUAUACCCUGCUAAACUGCACAGAAUAUAUCACCUCCCUCUUAAAGUUUUUAGCACCUGCUUUUUCAAUAAUCUCUAUUCUUCAUCUUCUCCCACUUCUUUUAGCCUGAGUACAUGUGUGCUUUCUCUUCCUUGCCGUAGGCAUGUCUUGGUCUCUCGCGUUCUCAUAUAUCAACUCACAAGUUUUUGCCCUUUCUCCCCUCUCUGCGUGGGUGGGUGGAGCUUUUCUCAUCUAUUAGCUUGCUGUCCUUCUACUUUAGCAAUGCUUGAAAUGUGAGGUUCCCCCGUCUUGAGUUUUCUCCAGGCAGCUGCCGGCCAAUCUCCUUUUGAUUAAAUGCCAGAUCUGGGAAAGGAGAAGAUGGGGAAGGGAGAGCAAAAUAAUACGGAGAUCUGGUUUAAUAUACUUUGCACGUGACUUGAUUCUAUGGGACACAGGAAUGGACUUUCUGGUUCCUAGGGCAAGCUGCUUUCUGUGUUACUGUGCCUUUGCCUAUAGAUGGACGCACGCGCACCUGUGUAUGCAACUUGGACACCUGUUUUCGGGGGUCUUGAGCAUGGGGCAAGUCACACUUAGACCAGUGACCAGUCAAGAGAUCAAGGCCCCGUCUGCACUAUCCCUUUAGAACCACUUCAAACACUAUUAAAAGAGUAAAGGAUCCCUUGACCAUUAUGUCCAGUCGUGACCGAUUGUGGGUUGCGGUGCUCAUCUCGCUUUAUUGGCUGAGGGAGCCGGCGUACAGCUUCCGGGUCAUGUGGCCAGCAUGACUAAGCCGCUUCUGGCGAAGCAGAGCAGCACACGGAAACGCCGUUUACCUUCCCGCCGGAGUGGUACCUAUUUAUCUACUUGCACUUUGACGUCCUUUCGAACUGCUAGGUUGGCAGGAGCAGGGACCAAGCAAUGGGAGCUCACUCCGUCGCGGGGAUUCGAACUGCCAACCUUCUGAUCGGCAAGUCCUAGGCUCUGUGGUUUAACCCACAGUGCCACCCGUGUCCCUUCAAACACUAUUGGCUUCCCUCAAAGAAUCCUGGGGACUGUAUUUUUUAAAAUGUGCUGAGAGCUCGGCUUCCAGGACCUCCAGGUAGGUCUGGGAGAGACCCCUGCACAAAACCCUGGAGAUCUGCUGCCAAUCAGUGUAGACAGAACUAGGCUAGGUGGACCCAUUCGUCUCACUUGGGCAGCUUCCAGCGUUCCUGAAACUGAAUCACACACAGAGACUUAACCUUGGAAAUGCUUGUAGGAUCAGCUGCCUUGGGGAGGGGUGUACCUGGAAGAAGAGGGGGAAAGUACCCAGGUGUGGGGCAGAUCUAAGCUCAUGCAUACUUCUUGGGUCAAAGCUUUUCUACUGCAGGUAUGCGGUCUGCUAAUACAGAGCUGUGUGCACAUAUCUUUUGGAGGGUCUUAGAGGGGUCUAACAAUGACCAUAGAGUUUUAAGCAAUGUUUCCCCCCCCUUCAGCAUGCUAAAAUAUUACUAAAUGCUGCUUCAGGCAGAGGCGCAACCUUCCCUUUGCCACUGAUCCAGGUGAAGCAUCCUUGCAGCUUCACACCUGACCAUUGCUGCAGGUGUGCGUGCUUGCAUUUUUGAUAACGCGGGUUUCGUACGCGAACGUGUGAUCUCCCGUUACGGAUUUGCCCCGAGAAAGGUGGGGGCUCUGCAAGUUUGGGCAUAAUUCUGCAUGUUUCGUGAUGUGCCAGGUAAGGGGAACCUGUUUCCUUCCUUCCCCACAGGUACAUGCGAGGCCGCCUGACGUACAACCAAGUCAAUGCAGUCCUUCAGGAAAUCAACAAGGCCGUGGUUAGCAAGUACAAGAUCAUGCACCAGUCCCCUAAGACAAUGUCCGGCGCUGUGAGGAACCUCUUCUUCAGAUUCAAGGAAGAAGAAACGAAGAAUACAAAAGGUAGCUUUCACUCCUGAGUACGUGUUUGAACCAUAGGUUCAAUCCCUGGCCUCCAGGUAGGUCUGGGAAAAGGACUCUUGCCUGAAACCCUCAAGAGCUGCUGCCAGUCAGUGUAGAGGUGGGCUGACAGGUCAAUCUUGGCUCAUUGGGGGCCUGUAAGACCAUUUCUUCCCUAAACCACACCCUCCUGUUGAUCAAGUGAUGGGUGACAUCAGCAAUGGAAUGGGGUUCAUUCCUGCCAGAUACUGCUUUGCCAGCAAGCUGCCUGUGAUAACUGCUGGUGAAGCAAACCCAGGAUUGCCCCCUUCGCUCAUCAGCUAGUGAGUGGAGCGUUCAGUUCCGCUGCCACCUGUCAGUCAACCUGAUGUCAUGUCAGAUGAUUGACAGCUGGGUGGGCCCAUCCUGCUUGUAUGCAUAAAGGUAAAGGGACCCCUGACCGUUGGGUCCAGUCGUGGCCGACUCUGAGGUUGUGGUGCUCAUCUCACUUUACUGGCCGAGGGAGCCGACGUACAGCUUCUGGGUCAUGUGGCCAGCAUGACUAAGUCGCUUCUGGCGAACCAGAGCAGCACACGGAAACGCCAUUUACCUUCCUGCCGGAGUGGUACCUAUUUAUCUACUUGCACUUUGACGUGCUUUUGAACUGCUAGGUUGGCAGGAGCUGGGACCGAGAAACGGGAGCUCACCCCAUUGCGGGGAUUCGAACUGCCGACCUUCUGAUCGGCAAGCCCUAGGCUCUGUGGUUUAACCCACAGCGCCACCCGCGUUGCAUACUUGUAUGCGUAUUGGGGGCCAAAUAUCUAUCGCUGGUAGUUCUUCCCCACCCCUUCCAAAUCGAAUGUUUGUUUUUAAUUUUUGUAAACUGCUCUGAGAUUCAUUUGGAUUGGCAAGGGGUAUAAAAUAAACUCGCACCUUGGAAGUCGGACGGAAUCCGUUCCAGAAGUCCGUUCGACUUCCAAAAUGGUCGAAAACCAAAGUUCGGCUUCUGAUUGGCUGCAGGAAGCUCCUGCAGCCAAUCGGAAGCUGCGGAAGCAACCAUCGGAUGUUCGGCUUCCAAAAAUAGUUUGCAAACCGGAACAGUGACUUCCGGGUUUGCAAUGUUCGGGAACUAAGCUGUUUGACUUCCAAAGCACGACUGUACAUAUUUAAAAGAUUUCUUACUCACCCUCCAUCUCUGGGUGGGAACAACUAUACUUUUUUUUUUUAAAAAAAAGUAAAACCAAUCCAAGGAAAAGUGGGACUGGAAUUAAACGAAGGGUAAAGUACUCUGUACCAGGAUGAAACACGAAUUGUGUCUCUGCAGGCCAGUUCUUCAUCGUGGAGGCCGAUGUGGAAGAAUUUACACAGCUCAAGGCAGACAAGCGUUUCCACAGCAUCCUGACCAUUUUGCGACAUUGCCAGAGGCUGCGAGAGAUCCGUGGCUCGCGCCUGGUCCGUUACGCCAUCUGCUGAGGUGCUGUCAGGGUGUUUGAGGCUUGUGGUGGGAGGUUCCCCUCGCCCCACUCCUCAGGACUGUGCCGCAAAACAGAAUCCUUCCUUCGUUUAGAGUUUUACAUGGCAAGGCUGUUUCUUUACUCCUCUUUCUUCCUACCCUCAUUCAUUAUUGUUGGAGAAGGUGGGUUUUGUUUGCAUCUGUAAAAUACAGUAUCUGUAAUUUUCAUCUUUUCUGCAAAGGUAUGAAGCUAUACAUCCCGCAAGUGCAAUUCCCACCCAUCCGGCUUUGGGGUUUCUACCUGUUGAGCUUGAUCUGCAUUUUAUAGCAAAGCAGAGGGCGAAUGGGUUGAACCAAGAACUGCCUCUAAACCAUUGUUCAAAGCCUGAGAUUUGGAAUUGCUGAAAUGCCAAUAAAGAGUUGAAAGCACCGGGUGAGUCGGAAUCCUUGCUACCUUUCUUCGUCUCUGG